AACUCACCAUCUUUCAUCAACUCCCAUCUCAGCUCACUCAGAAGCUCAGAGAGACACAAAAAUCAACAUGCCGGCCCUCCCAACACCCUCCCACUUCGCCUCCCACCCUUCCCUCGCAUCAUCCAUCCUCAUCACCCCGCCACCGACCCCCACCACCCCGCCACGCUCAGUCCUCAUCCUUCUCCACGGCCUGGGCGACACAAACGCCCCUUUCCACAAUCUCGCUUCCCAGCUCUCUCUGCCACAUACGGCAUGCAUAUCACUGCGUGCGCCGUCGCCUAUCCCCGCUCUCAUGACUGGGACAGACGAGACGGGCUUUCACUGGGGCGAUGACCUGUCGCUGGAUUCGCGGACGGGGGCUUUGGAUUUCGAUGCUGGGUUUUCGACGGCUGCGAGGCCGUUGGGGGAGUUACUGGGGGUGUUGAUGGGUGAGUGUGGGUUUGUGGCGCGGGAUGUGCAUUUCUUGGGUUAUGGGCAGGGAGGGAUGGUUGCGUUAGCUGUGGUGGAGGCGUGGCCUGGUGUUGAGUUUGGGGGGGUGAUAGUGGUGGGGAGUGGGAUUGCGGGGUCGAAGAGUGCGAUGGGGGGGGUUAGGGGGUAUGUGAGUUCGCUUGUCGUCGGGGAGGGGAAGGCGAGGACGCCGGUGUUGGUGUGUGGGGGGAGUAGUGGGACGGUGGUUACGGCGGGGGUGGUGAGGGAGGUCAAGGAGAGGUUUGGGGCGGUGGAGUAUGUGAAGUGGGAGAGGGGGGGAGAUGGGAUGCCGAGGAGUAGAGGGGAGAUGAUGGCGUUGAUGAGGUUUUGGGGGAGGAGGAUUAGGGGGCCUGUGCCGGAGGGGAUGGAGGAGGUGGGUGGGGUGGCGUAGGGGUGGUGGGGAGAAGCUUGGAUUGGUGCUUUCGGGUUGUAAUGGCAGGCGGGAUCGUGAUUCAUGGCGUAGGAUACGGGGUACAGGAUGGGAAAAGUCACGCAUAGUAGGGCGAUAUAGGCAGGAGGUGCUACAAAUAAUCCACACCUGAAGAUCACAGACUGUAAUACCAUUAAAUAGUACAGCCGGGAAGAAGCUAUCAGCCGCGAAAUAGCCACCAGAGGGAAAGAGCUAUCGGUGGGAAGGAGCUAUGGGUGCAUUGAUGCUUGGUGGCGGCAGGAGCA